UCAUUGCAAAGAAUUGGGAAUACUUAUCAAAGUAGUCACAUUUCUGUAACAUUUCCAUCUUUGUUUUUAGCAUAUAAAAUACAGUAAACGAUGGAUGAGAAGCACAGUCUGCUGUUUUGUGAUACUUUUAAACAUGAGGCUGGUGAAGACAUGCAUCUUGAUAUGAUUGGUUUCACCCUACCAAUUGUUGUUUCUGAAAUACGUGUUAUACCACAUGGCUGUAAAGUUCAUCCAGAAAUCCGAAAUCGCCUAGGAGAAACAAAUCCAUCCUCCUUCAAAUUGGAAAUAUUCAGCAAGAACUUGUCGAAGCCAGAUGCAACCGUAUUUCAACGCCUUGGAGUGUUGGACUAUGAAGAAGGGAAAAGCAUCCAACUUAUUAUCACUUCAAAGGUAGCUACAAAUGUUGUUUUGGUUCGGGGGUGGUAUCGCAACCUGACAGUUUGUUUGUAUGGUAACUUCACUAACUUUCAACCUGAUGUUAAUCAAGUACCUCCUCCUCCACCCAUGGAUGCUGCAAGAUCAAUGGAUGCUCAUCAUAUGGCUGCAAGUAUACAACAAGUAAUGGCUGGUUCAACAUUAACUGCGAUGCCUGGUAUGCAACCAGUAUUUUUACCAACACCAGGUAUGGAUGGUCAAGCUCAGCCGAAUGCUAUUCCACCUCACAUAGAUUGUGUUGGUUACCCACUAAGUGAAAGCCCACAGGAAAAUUCAAAAAGAAGAGAACAUGACUCUUUUCAUGAAUAUCGACGCACACCGGAGCGUUGGCAAAAUGAUUAUGAGGAGAGAGACAGAAGAAGAAUGAGAGAUAAUCGUGAUCGGUUUGACGGUGAUAGUAGAAAUGAGAUAAGAAAUUACUAUAAUCGGCGUAAUGAAGAACCAUACCAUCGUGAUCGAGAUAAGGAUCAAUAUGAAGAACAGAGACAAAAGAAUGAGAAAGGGGUACCAGAAAGGGAGAGUGGUAAAAACCAAGGCAACAAAGAGGAAUUAUUUGAGCCACUUAGUCCAGAGUCGGAUUUUUUUGACAAUUCCCAAGAUGAUAACAAUUCACACAAGCAAAAAAAGACUGAGCAGAUUGGAUAUGAAGACAUUGAGAGUGAUGAGGACUUAAUGUUGGAAGAUUUUGAUUUUGAUGAGCAUAAUUUGCAGAACGAUUUUGAUGCAGAUGAUACUUGGGCAUCUGUUUCAUUGAGCUUCAACCCUUAUCAAUGUUCAUUAUCACCAUUAGAGUCUAUUUCUCCAAUAACAGAGACAGAAUUUGAAAAACUGGUCAAGCAAUACAAGAACACAAUAGACUUGAAGGAACCUUCAGAGGUCAAACAGCUGCAAGUUUACAUUGUUUCAGAUAGUGAGGCAGAGCGAGAUACAAAAUGGGUGACCAUGUUGGAAGAACUUCCCUCUAUAUUGUCAAAAGCAAUGGCAUAUUUGCGAUCCCAAGCCUCUCAGAAAGCUAAAGAAAAGCAUUUCCUUUCCAUAAUAACAGAAUGGGCUAUCUUUGGGUUAAAUAUGGAUAAAGCUUGUGGACUACCUUUAGGUGUCAAUAUUCGUUUUUUGAAAGCUGGUUUAAAGUUGACUUGUCUUCUUGCGAAUGCUUGUGAUGAAUAUCAGAGGUUCCUUAUAGAAGAAAAGGUGCAAGAAAGAUUGAUUGAGUUGCUAAAGACUGAUCACAUGGCAUCUUCGUUAAAACUGUCUAUUUUAAAAGCUUUGGAUAUAACAACAAACACAGCAUAUGGAAUGGAAAACUUUCUUGGUUGGAGUUUAGAGGCUACAAACGAAAGUAAGCAUGCACAAAGCAUUUACGAAGAUCUAAUUCUCUACUUGCUGAAUCAACCAACAGUGCGUGUUGUAGCUUCGAUCAAAGCAUUACUGCAGAAAGUUCAUUUUUAUGAAAGCUUGGCAAAUUUACAGUCUAUCAGUGAAAGGGUUUCCAAGAGUGAGGUUUCUGAAUUGGUUGAGAAAUCAGAAAAUAGAAUUGAGCAAGAAAUGGAGAUCGAGGGAGGCAAGCAAAAACGUACUGUUGAAGUUAACAUCAGCAAUAAAGAUAUGAGUGACUUGUUGUCUGCAUUUGACAGCAUUUACAAUAUCAUCAGCAAUGGAGCAUCUCUCAUAGCCCAACCCAAUUUAAGUAGUUUUCCAACAUCUGCAAAACUUCAAGAUGAUGCCAUUGAUGACUGUUAUCCUGCAAUUGUGCGAUUGUUAGCGAGCCGUAGAUUUCUUGAGUCAAUUUCAGUACUGGUGUCUUCCGUGUUGUUUUGUGAUCCAGUAUUGUAUGUGGCAAUCAGAGAUAUUUUGUUUCUCCUGUUAAACUCAUCUAAAGGUUUAUUGUAUCUGUCAUCUGAGCCAAGCACGUGCAAUGGUUUGAUCAGAGUGUUAUUGCAAUCAUCAGAAUCUGAGAUUGAUGUAUUGGAAAUGCCAACAUUAAAGCAAGUGAGUUCGACCACAGAUGCCACAGAGAAUUGCACGCCACAUCAGUUGGGUUUACUUCUUGUUUAUCAUUUGCAAAGUCUUCAAGCUGUUGAUCAGCUGUUAGAGACAGCUCAAGAAGAUUUAGAAGUUUCUAAGAUGGACAGCACAGAUCAUAUAUCAAUGCUACAUACUAUAUAUGCGAUGACCUUUACACCUAUAGGUCGCGAUGCAGUCUCCUCGACAUUCUCCCAAGGCGACAACUUAAAAUGCUUAUUGCCAUUUCUGACGGGAGAUGAAAAUUUUGAGGCUAAAAUGAAAAAAUCAGUCUCCAGCAGAUAUGCAACAGUCUUGUUAAGUCAAAUACUUCUUCACGCUGAUAAUGUUGAGUACCUUAAAAAGUUCGGAUCGAAGCUACUGACUGUUCCCAAAAAAGAAAACGACAAAACCCAAGACGACAUUCAUACUCUGCUUUUGCCUUUGGAAAAGAUAACCAAGUUGGAUAUUCAUGCCAUCUCAAGCCUGUUGGAUUUCAUGAAGGCCGAGCUAGAUGAAUUUAAAUUGGGUUCAGGAAAUUUAAGAAGCAUCUUGACAACUCUUCGUUUGCUUAAACAUCUGACGAAAAGGCCUGGAAACAAGAAGGAACAACAGAAAGAUCUACAGUGGCGUCUCGCAGUGAUUCAAAUGUUUUCAGCAAAUGCUAUAGAGGUUUUUAUCACGUUAUUCAUAAAGUUAGGCGAAAACCUUGCACUUCUGUGGAAACAAAACGAACCAUUCACGAAUAGCCAGUGUUUCAUACUGGUUAACAUAACCAUGACAUUGUUGGAAUUAACAGACACUUUGUUAAGUCACUCUUUGACGACCUCGUUUGGUUUUAAAGAUGUUCGCCUCAUUCAGCAGUUGUUUGUAUUGCACAAGGUACUAUGUUCCAAACCACCGGCAGGUAUACUGUCGAGUGUUUUGGCGAACAUACAGGAUGGUAUCAUAGAACUCUUGCGAAAGUUUAUGAAGUUCACGUCAAACGCCCCCGAGUCAGAAGAAGCUGUGAAGUCAAGCACGUGGUAUAUCCUCUUCAAAGAGCUGUCCACUUUCACUGUUUUAAAGCCAGAGAACUUCAUUACUGGACUCGUACUUAUGUCAGAGCUUCUACCAACUCCGCUACCGAUCUAUUCAUGUCAAGAAUUCAGUGGUGAUCAAGUGUCUAAGAUUGUUAGUCAACGUUUGUUUGCCAUGGCAACGUUUAGUUGUUUGGGUUCGGAAAUAAAACUCAUGUUGAAGACUGUGAUUGGUUCAUGUUGCUCAGUGAUGCAUUAUUAUUUACGCCGUGUCACAAGUCAGCUUGUUGACUUGGGUUCAUCAGUUGCAGGAUUCAUCAUAAGAACAUUGUGUGAAGUUGUUGACGAAGAAAUCAGUAAAGCUAGCAAAGAAAGCGAAGAAAAUUCUUCCACAGAAGUGGACACAAAAAAACGUUUUCUCUCCGGCUAUGCACGCAAUGCAUCCUCACUGCUCACCUAUCUUGUGUGCCAACCCGGUGGAAAAGCGUCUUUCUUGUCACUGUUGUCAACUACAACGGAAUCAAUGUCGGAAUUUGCUGACUUUAUGACGAAAAUCAUAGCUGUGAAGGAUAAAGAAGCCGACGAAUUAUACGUAAGAACGACAUUAUUGCCAAUGAUUCAAGCUAUCUGUGAUCAUGAAGCAUGCUUGGAUAACUUUGAUGGAGAAAUUACCGCACAGCAUUUAGCAAACUCAAUGCCUUUAAAGGAACACUUGACCGCCAUCGUGGCUUUGUUAUUCAGCUUGUUGAAGACAGAGACAGUGUCUCUUUCAGUCCAUCUGAGAGCGUUAAGCAUAUUGGAAUCUUUGACGGAUCAUGAUUAUGGAAUGCAAGUAUUGAAGAAAAAUUUGGAAACAGACGGAGAAAGUGUCAGAACAUUUUUGGACAGGUUGGUGAAAGAAGUCGAAAGUAAAAAUGAUGUGCCUAUUAUAUAUAACACCAUCUCUGCAUUUAUUGAUUUUCUGAACCUAAUUAACUCUUUUGGUCCUGAUAACUACAUGAAACCGGAAGAAGAUGAUGUGAAAAUGGAAGAGGAAGAGCAAGAAAACAAAGACACCAAGAUGGAGACUGAUGUCUCCGAGGAGGAGAAGAAGAAACAGAAUGCCAAAGUGCCGUUGCAGCGAAGUAUAUUUGUGAACGCAAACAUGCUGAAAACAAUUUUUUCACUUGAUGACAAAAAUACGAACGACCAUCCUCUCACUAAGUUAGAAAAAUUGAUCGAGGAGGAAGGAAAGGACGAUGAAGAACUUGUGUCGCUUAGUCAGUCCAUCACAACCUUACGGAUGAUUAUGAUAGCGGCUGGAGAUGGGAAAUCCACAGAGAGCUACGAUAAAGUAUUAGAACUCCCUCCACCGGAGAGCGUGCAACAACAAUUUAAUUUACGAUUGGUCUCUGUUCUGGUUAAUAACAUGGAUGAUGAAAGAAUGACGGCAAAUGAUUGGUUUGACGCGCCUGCUCCGGAUGAUAUCGAUUCUGAUGGUGAAAACGAGGCUGUGAAAGUCGAUCUACUCGCUAUUUCGGAGAAGUACCUUCCCAACUUUAAAUUCAAAGAAGAAAUCGAAAAAGGAUUUAUCGAUACCACGGAAAAACGGUCGAAAAGAUCCAAAAGAGAUGCGUUUAUUCGUACUGGAGAUCAUAUUGAAGACACUAAACGACUACGUUUUGACGUUUCUGCGUUAAACACCCACCCUUCGAUGCGUGGUAUUGGUCGAGGAGCCAAUCGUGGAAUGACGAAAGGUUUUUUCGGACGGGGUUUUAAUCGAGGAGGGCGUGGCUUCGGAAGAGGCUUCAGAGGACGAGGAAGAGGUCGUGGUAAUGAUGAUGGUUUCAGGCAGAGGCGACAAAACACAAGUCGACCACCAUCGAUGCAUGUGGAUGAUUUCAUCAAUAUGGAGAAAACAGGUGAUACAGUGAUGACUCAUGACCAGAACGCAGGAGAAAUCAAUAACACUCCAACGUCAGGUAACGACAGGUAUCAAAACAACUUCAACAACAGCUCAAACAGUGGUGGAGUGCAAGGACGGUGGAGUGGUCAAUACUCGAGCAACUUUCGCCGACAAAAUGAAGGUUCUCCGCAGACGUCGAGAAAUGGCGGCGGAAGUGGUGGAUAUGAUUACAACUCGAGAUAUGGUGGAAGUAAAUACCACAAUCGUUCAAAUUCUGAUUGGAACAAUACGUCUUAUGGCAAUCGAGGAUCACGUGAUUCUUCUUACCCACGCUCCGUACGCGGUGGGGGGUACUGGGCAGGACCGAAACCAAAAGAUGACAAUCGUUACGAUAGCAGAUUCUUUGCUGGUAAUAAUUACCGUCAGAAUCGUGGUAACAGACAUCAACGAACUUUCACUCGAUAACACGUUUACUAAAAUACUCGUCUACUCCCAGCUUAUGGUACUUUACUAGAAAACUAACUACAUGAAGAAUUAUAUUGUUACAAUCAGGAGGGUAGAUUAUUCUCCUUAAUACAUUAUAAUCAAA